AUGCGUCUUUCAGCAGAACUACUGGCGGACUCACCGUCGUACCUCAAUCCUUUAAAAGAGAGAGAACUAGACCUCAGAGGCCAUAAAAUCCCCAUCAUCGAAAACCUCGGUGUCGCAAAGGAUCAAGACGCCAUAGACUUCACCGACAAUGACAUCCAACAACUCGGAAACUUCCCUCUCUCUCCGCGUCUCAAAACCCUCCUACUCGCUAGAAACCGUAUCUCCAGCAUCCAAUCCACCCUCGCUUCUUCCGUUCCAAACCUUUACUGCAUAGCUUUGCAGAAUAAUAGCCUCUCGGAGUUGGUCGAUUUGGUCCCCUUGGGCAAAUUGAAACUGUUGGUUCAUCUGGUCUUGUUGGACAAUCCUGUUGUUAGGAAGGAUAACUAUAGACUUUGGGUCGUGUGGACGUGUCCCACCGUCAGAUACUUGGAUUAUGAGAGGGUGAAAGACGCCGAGAGGAAAGAAGCAGAGAAACUGUUCGGAACAGAGGAAGAACCAUCACCAACCGCUGCAAAGAUCCUCGGCGUAAAAUCACGUCACUUCGACGUCUCAUCCGGCGACUCCCGUGGUGAAAAGAACUUCAAAACAACAUACACACAAAGCGAAAAGCUUCACAUACAAGAUAUGAUCAGGAACGCGAAAUCACUCGAAGAAGUUGCGCGAUUAGAGAAGCAGUUACGCGACGGAACUCUCGUCUUGGCAUCUGCUGAUGAUGUAGAAAUGAAAGGUUGA